UAUUGUCUGUUACAUUUAUGGCUCAGUUUAUAUUUAGUGCGCAUUGAUUAAAGUUGAAUUCAUCAAUAAUGAUAACACUUGCGAAUAUAUCUGAGCUAUGUCGCAUUUGUCUAAGGCAAUUGCAGCAGCUCAACAAUGACAGAGAUGACAGUAGCCUGCAGGAGCAGCAACAACAAUCGGAGCGCAACAAGUGCAGCUACAGCUCCAAGGCUCUGCCACAUUUACCCAAAUUGCUGAUGCAGUAUUUUCGCAUUGAUGUGCUCCAGCAACCUGACACCUUUCCGGAACGCAUAUGCGCACUCUGCUACAAUGCCAUCGAGUAUUUCCAGCAAUUGUGUUCUGUGGCCGAGGAUAGUAAUCAGAGGUUGCUGCGCCUGAAAUUAAAGGAGGAGGAGGAGGAAAAGCAGAAGCAACAAGUGGAGCCACAACCACACCCACAGUCACAGCCCUUGACAACAGGCGAUGCAGCUGAGCAUUUGUUGAAUCGCGUGAAAGAUGAGCCCAUAGAACAUGAGCCGGUGGAGCAACAGCAAGAAGAUGACAAGUCAGACACAGACAUAGAUGUUGUAAACAAUGAGAGCAACGAAACCAACUGUUCGGCCACUGCCAGCAAACGAAAGGCCUUGGCUUGUGAGCAGUGCGGCAAGCAGGUGUACAAGCAGCCGUAUCUUGAGGCGCACAUACGCAGCGUGCAUGAGGGACAUCCGAAGCCAUUCCUAUGUCACAACUGCGACAAAGGAUUCACACGCUACGAGCAGCUGCGCUCGCACAUGCGAAACGUUCACCACAGUUUGGUUAGCGCCCCUGUGGUUGAACAAGUGGAUCUAAUGUGUGAGCAAUGCGAUCGGCGCUACAGCACCAAGAAUGCCCUUUGCGCUCACUUAAAGCGUCAUGCCGAGGACAAAAUGCAUAGAUGUGAACACUGUGGUGUGACUAAAGUUACACGCACCGAGCUGCUGACGCAUCUGCGUAUUCACAAUCCGGACUGGGAGAACUUCAAAUGCAAACAGUGUCCACAACUGUUUCGCCACAAGAGCGCAAUUAGCCGGCAUGUGCGCGUCGUCCAUGAAGGACAGCGACGCUUUCAAUGUAGCCAUUGCCAGAAACGCUUUGGCACACAUGCCUCACAGCUGCGCCACGAGCGUCUGCACCAAAAUCAGCGUUAAGACAAUUUAGGGAGUUAUAU